AUGGCCACGGCAAGAUCUGUCCACUGGAUACACUCGCAAGCCGUGAGCACGUCGACUGUUCCCGACUCCAUGGAGCUCUUCUCGCCGCCUUCUUGGAAAAAUCAGAAUUGGGCCGAUGCGGCCAAGGGAGACCGGUUGGGAUCCGACACUCUCACGUUUGAGAACCGCGCAGGCAGACUCGCAGAAACGAUGCCACCUCCGGCGCCAAUAUCAUGGGCCACCGACCAGGACGCAUGGGGCUUCCCAGCGUGGUAUGAGUAG